AUGGAGACGGUCGCACUAAUCCUCACGUGUUUUACGUUCCUCUUCUGCGAAUUAAUCCCGACUAUGCUCUAUGUAUUUUUGGUGUUGACAGACUUUGGUUUGAGGAUAAAAGUUAUGGGCAGCGGACUAUUCACGUUAAUAGAAAUACUCAAGUACAGUUGUACUCUGCUAUACAAGAAUCAAGUGCGAAACUGUUUAAAAUUCGUUGAUGAGGACUGGCGAAACGUUAUCAAUCCGAGUGAUCGUAUCUCGAUGAUCGACAGAGUCAGAACUAGCAAACGUCUCAUUAUGAUGUGUGCCAUAUUCGUGUAUUUAACUGGCAUGGCUGUCCGAAUAAUAGUACCUCUGUCAAUAGGGAAGAUUAUUACUUCUGAAAAUAUCACUAUUAGACCACUACCUCACGUUGCUUAUCUUGUUAUAUUUGAUGUGCAGCGUAGUCCAGUUUACGAGAUCGUAUAUUUCAUACAAUUUCUAGCAGGAUUUAUAAAGUACACGAUUUCGAUUACAACUUUUAGUUUUAUGACACUUUGCGCGAUGCACUUUUGUGGGCAGUCUGACAUACUUGUAACGUUGAUGAACGAUUUCGUGAACGAGAAUCAAUCGAAAGACAUGAACAAGAGAUUGGCUAUUGUCGUGGAGCGUCAAAUCAGAAUAAGAAAUUUCUUACAAUUGGUGCAAAAUACCAUUCAGUAUACAAGUUUAAUACAAAUCAUGGGAUCUACAGUGUUGAUAUGCUUCGUAGAAUAUUACACUAUCAUGGAAUGGGAAAAUCAUAAUGUUAUUCGUAUGUGUACAUAUAUCAGUGGACUAAUAAUGUUAUCAUACAACAUAUUUAUUUACUGUUACAUGGGCGAGCAAAUCAUCGAACAGGGAGAAAAAGUAUCAUUAACAACACGCACUCUGGAAUGGUACCGUCUUGAAGAUGCAACAGCACGAGCAUUGAUUUUACUUAUAACUAUUUCCGAAAACCCAUUAAAACUUAAAGCAGGAAAUUUCAUAGAUAUUUCUCUAAGAACGUUUGGUAACGUUGCUAAGAUGACCGUGACAUAUUUAAAUAUUCUUCGAUCAGUUGAUCACUGA